UUGAGUGAGACGAGUCAUGCACUUAACUAACCAUAGAUAUAAAACGUGAUAAGAUGAUGCUAAUGGUUCGGAGUUGCUAGCUAGCGUGCUAAAGUGGUGCUAACGCUACGUACAUAGCGGCUGGCCCAUAGGGGGCGCUGGGGCUGUGCCCCACCAACUGUUGAGGGGAAAAAAUAGUUUUUUUCUUUUUUUUUUUUUUUAGAUUAAUGUGAGUUGAACUUAAUAGUGUGUGUGCCUACAUGCAAUUUAAAUAAUUUGAACAACAUUUCCACCAACUGACACUCAUUAAACAGUGAAUUUCCACUGACAGUGUAUCAUUCGCUCAGGAGGCGCUCGGCAGAGCUAAACAGCCAAUCCGGUUAUGGUUGCUAGGGGGAAAUUACGAAUAAUUGGCCUAUCGACGUCGUAGUUUUUUUUCGUGGUGCGACUCCCAGACUCUGUCCUACGCUACGGGGGAAAAAUAGGUGCGACGACGAAGAGCGAUGGCGGCGACAACCCGAGUUCAAGAGCAGCUUCCACCAAAUUCGGUGAAAUCAUUAUUAAUGUACCAUUUUGCGAGGCGGACGACGGAGAAAAAAAAAUCUCGUUUAGGAGCUAGGACCCGACAAGCUAGAAAUUAACAUUUCACAGCAAAACAAGGUGAAGGCAUAUCUGACUGGCAAAGAUGCAGUGGAUUAUCCUCCUGUGCAUGGCUUGUCUCUCAGCUGUGCAUGCCCAGAAGUUUUUCUUGAGCCCAAAAUGGGGUCCCAUCGGCUAUCGAGAGCGUGAAGAGCACAAUUAUGGAACGGCAAUGGAUGAAAUCAUUAAAACGAAUGAGUUACAAGCUUCGCAAAUCAUAGAUGGCACUACCAGUCUCAGAGAGGGAGACAUUGCUGUUUCUGCUGGAAGACGCUCCAAAGUCUGCUUUGCCCGGAGCUGCCCUUGGUCUAAAUCAGUGGACGGACAUGUCUAUGUUGCAUAUAGACUCUCGCCUGAAUACUCUGAAAUCGAAACCAGGGUGAUAAAGAAAGCUAUGGAAAAUGUAGAGCAGGGUACCUGUGUGCGGUUUGUUCCACGGACCCACCAGAGAGACUUCAUCGACAUCCAGCCAAAGUCUGGGUGCUGGUCCUACCUUGGUUCGCGUGGUGGAGGGCAGACCGUGUCUCUCCAGAGCCCUCACUGUCUUCAGGUUGGAGUGAUUUCCCAUGAAUUCAUGCACACCCUCGGCUUUGUGCACGAGCAGUCCCGAUUUGACAGGGACAACUAUGUCACCAUCAUGUGGCCCAACAUUUGGAGAGAUCGAUUGAGGAACUUUGAGAAGUUCAGGUCUGACGGUCUGGACCUGCCAUAUGACUACGGCUCAAUCAUGCACUUUGGGAUGUACGCCUACUCUCAGGAUGGGGAACCGACCAUCAUUGCUAAAAACAGCAAGGACAUAAAGCUGGGCCAGAGAUCAAGUCUCAGUAACAUUGACAAGCUGAAAAUCAACAGACUUUAUAAAUGUGGUGACAAUGGUGAUUGAUUGAUAAGAAAACUGGUCGGCGGUGAAGCAAGAGUCAACUGAGAGCCAAUACUGUAAACUGUAGUUGAAUCGUAGAGAGAGUUUUCAAUAAAGCUUUCUGUCAGCA